UGUUGCCUAUAUAUAAACCCUACUCGGUCAGUUUGUUUUCUAAAUCUUCACACCACUUUGGAUCCUUUGUAGCUAGCCAGCCCUUCAUGAUUACCGUCAAAAAUGAAUUCUUCAAAAACGGAUUGUUCAGAAAAUGUUCUCUCAAACGAUCAAAACGAAAAUGUCACCGCUGUUGCAUCACCACCACCUCCUUCUUCUUCGUACUUGACUAGGGAUCAAGAGCAUGAGAUCAUGGUCUCUGCUCUGCGACAAGUGAUAUCCAACUCCGGAGGUCACACGUCAUCAUCAAACUUGAUCGCUGCCGAAGCAGCUCUUCCGCCUCCGGACGCUGGCCCUUGUCCUCUCUGUGGCGUCACGGGUUGCUACGGCUGCACAUUCCAACGGAAUCACGGAGAGAUAAGGAAGGAGAAGAAAUACAAAGGAGUGAGGCGAAAGCCAUCGGGUAAAUGGGCGGCGGAGAUAUGGGACCCGAGUACGAAAGCAAGGAAGUGGCUUGGAGCGUUUCCGACGGCGGAGAUGGCGGCGCGUGUUUACAACGAUGCGGCGGCUGAAAUUGUCGGGAGAACAUCAGCAAGACGUGGUACGUGACUGAGAAAUAUAGUUUUGGUCGGUGAUCAUACA